GGCGCUCCUGUGGACCUGCGUACUGAGAGGACGCGCCAUCCCGCCGUCCUUAUCCCCUACUGCAGCCAUUAAAUCCAAGCAAAAGUAAUUUUUUUCAAAAUCCUCUCCAUCAUCACGACCUUUUACUGCCUUCCCCUGUCACCGCUUUGCACGGUCAGCGUGCAAGGGCUUGCAAAAGGGCCAUGGCGCAAAAUGGGUUUCUUUUAACGGCUCUUCUCUUUUGCUCGGCGUGGGCAGGACUGUUGGCUCAGGACAAAAAUAGGUUCAGAGAAUGCCCUGUGGACCUAUUCUUUGUGCUGGACACAUCGGAGAGUGUGGCCCUCCGAGGAGUCGCACACUACUAUGUCAACAAGAUCAAAGACUUCGCCACGCGCUUCAUCGAUGAACUGAAGGAUACUCGCCAGCCAUGUGACCGCUAUAUAUCGUGGAAUUCUGGGGCUUUGCACUACAGUGAUGAGGUCGAGCUGGUGAAAGGCCUGGUGGAAAUGACUGCAGGUGGUCGCAGUACACUUAAAACAGCCAUAAGGUCCAUUAAAUAUAUCGGCAAGGGAACAUACACCGACUGUGCCAUUAAGCAGGGUAUUGCAGAGCUGCUCAUAGGUGGCUCUUACUAUAAUGAGAAUAAGUACAUUGUGGUUGUGACGGACGGUCACCCAGUCAGUGGUUAUAAAGAGCCCUGUGGAGGGAUUCAAGAGGCAGCAAACGAGGCCAGGCAGCAUGGCAUCAAAGUGUUUUCUGUGGCCAUCUCCCCAGACCAGGAGGAGUCCAGAUUGUCUAUCAUUGCCACAGACAUGAGGUACAGGCAGAACUUCACUGCUGUGGACAACACCAGUUCCACACAGAUGAACACAAUCCACACUAUCAUCGAAAUGAUCACCAAUGAAACAAAGGAUGUGUGUUGCUCCUUUGACUGCACUGCACCCAGUGGCCUCCCUGGCCCACCUGGUGAACAAGGGUACAGGGGGGAGCCUGGUAGACAAGGGCUGCCAGGAGAGAAAGGAGAAGCUGGACUACCGGGAAAGCCUGGUGAUCCUGGUCCAGUUGGUUAUCAAGGCAUGAAGGGAGACCAAGGAGAAAGAGGAUAUAAGGGUGAAAGAGGCCACAAGGGCUUCAAGGGUGACAAAGGACUUCCUGGAAGAGAUGGAAUUGAUGGGCGUAAGGGUGAACCAGGGUUUGAUGGUCUAUCAGGUUGCAAAGGGUCGCCUGGGGAGGAUGGUUCGAACGGACCACCAGGCCCAAAAGGAGACCCUGGUUCUUAUGGACAAAAAGGAGCAAAAGGAGAGCCUGGCGCAGAUGGUGGCGCAGGGAGACCUGGUAACUAUGGAGACAUUGGAAAUAAGGGUGAGAGAGGACCACCAGGUGCUGAUGGGGAAAAUGGAGAAAGAGGAGAUGAAGGAGCACAAGGACCAGAUGGCCCAAGAGGCGACAGAGGUGCACCAGGUGAGAAAGGUGAACAAGGUGCCCGUGGGAACAGAGGACCCAGAGGAGACCCUGGUGAUCCAGGUCCUCGGGGCGAGCCAGGACGUGAGGGAUCAGCUGGACCUAAUGGUGACCCAGGUGAGGCAGGAAAGCCUGGGGCUCCAGGUUACCGUGGUGACGAGGGUUCUGCAGGACAAGAGGGUGGUAAAGGACCCAGAGGAAUCAAAGGUGCCCCAGGAGACAGAGGCUUUAUGGGAGAGAGGGGAGAAGAUGGAUCACCAGGAAAUGGAACAGAGGGUUGCCAUGGUUUCCAGGGUUAUCAUGGUCCCAGGGGAGAUCCUGGAGAGCCUGGAAGCAAAGGACCACCAGGGCCCAAAGGAGAUGAUGGCGAACCUGGUGACCCUGGUGUAGAUAACGAUCAACGACCAGGACCACCGGGGCCGAAAGGACCAAAAGGACAUAGAGGGCGUGAAGGAUCAUCUGGACCUCCUGGACCUCCUGGGCCUCCUGGAGUUGAUGACUGUGAGAUCCUGGAUAUCAUCAUGAGGAUGUGCUCUUGUUGUGAGUGCAAGUGUGGACCCCUGAACAUUACCUUUAUUGUGGACAGCUCUGAGAGUAUUGGGGCUAACAACUUUGCUAUUGCUAAGGACUUCAUCAUAGCUGUCAUUGACAGACUGGUCAGAGAUCAGCAAGUGAAAUUCGGCGUGAAUGAUUCUCACGUUGGUGUGGUGCAGUACAGUGGAGCAAAUGCUCAAGAGGUUGUGAAGCUUGGUGACCCCGACAUCUGGAACAUAACAGCGCUCAAACAGGCUAUUAAAGAGUUGCGUUGGCUGGCUGAAGCCACCUACACUGGAGAAGCCCUUGAGUUUUCAUGGAAUAACAUGAUCAACCGGCUUGGCACAGACCACGUGAACAGUGUCGUGCUGGUCCUGACCGAUGGUCGUUCAGAUACUACAAGAGAUAAAGUGCCUCUAAACACACUGUGUGGUCGAGGCCUACAGGUUGUUGGUGUAGGUAUUGUAGACUAUUCAGGUAAACAGCCCAACAGUGAUCAGGUGGAAGACGUAAGCUGUUCAAGUGAUCCGGUUAAACCAGGCGCCUCCUUUGUCCUUAACAACUUCGGCAUGCUCCUGGAUGAUACUUUCCUCAAAAACUUGACUGACACAAUGUGUGAAAGCAAGAAGUGCCCCAAUUACACUUGUCCAAUUUACUUUAGGAAUCCCUCAGAUAUCCUGAUUAUGAUGGAUAGCUCAGCUAGCGUGGGCUACAAAAACUUUGAGUUGACCAAAAACUUCACAGAGAAGCUGGUAAGACGCUUCUUGUCCGCAGAUAAAGGAGAAAACGUUCAGGUCCGUGUUGCCGUUGGGCAGUACAGCAACACCGCAAACAUAGAUGUUGACUUUGCUGACAAUUAUACUGUAGUGGCUGCUCAGCUCGCAGAGGCCAGUUUCCAGAAUGCUGGCACGCAGUUGACUGAGGCACUCAGAUUCGCCAUUAACCAAUUCAGGGGAGGCCAGAACCGGAAGAAGAAGGUGCUGCUGUUUUCAGAUGGGCGCUCACAAGGCAUGAACGAAAGGCAAUUAGAAGAAGCAAUAGGGGAAAUUAACAGACAAGGUAUUGAGCUUUUUGUUCUGGCUGUUGAGAAUCAGCUGAAUCAACACAACCUGCAUAUCAUGGCAAGUCGUGGACGGCGCAAUGACAACAUCUAUGCCUCCCGCCAUCUAAUUAGGGCUCCUGACUAUCACUCCUUGCUUAGGGGAGUCUUUUACCAAACUGUGUCCCGGAAGAUUUCACUGGAUUGAGUAGGAAGGGCAUGGCAUGUCUUCUGAAUAAGCAGAAGCUGAUUGGGCAGUGGGAGGGUGAAAAGUAACCAGUAUAUAGGGGGUGGGGCAAGAGAGCACAAGUAACUUUUUUUUUUCAUUAAAUUUUCAUUUUUUCAUUGUGAUCCAUAUUUCAUUUUACAUUAUGUAGGGUUUCUUUGAGUUAUGUAUGAGAGGUAUGUCAUUUAUAUGCCUUUGAAAGGUAACGGGAUUAAGAAAGAGGGCAAUUUCACAGUCAUCAUUUAACAGCAUAUGCAUUUCCUAGAUAUUAGGACCAUUCAUAUACAUUGGAUUUUUUUUUUUUUUUUCAGAAUAACUUGUUUAUAGUACAGAAAAUGUUAAAUAUUCUUUAUUGAGAUAAUGCAUACCAUCGUCGUCGUCAUCAUCUCAUCUAAAUAUACAUGCUUAGGUUGUCUUUCUGAAGCCUGAUUAAAUCAAUUCCCAUCUUUAUCCUCUUUUGUAUUUCAGAAAAAUAUCACUUGAAUGUAAAUUUGGUGCUACCAUUGUACGCUCAGGCUCAUUUAAAUGCAAAAGCAAAUUUUAAAUUUGUCAUAGUGACUUUAACCAAAGAUUAAAGAUUUUAGCACUGGGAAUGUGUACAAUUUUAUAUGUUAUAAAUGCAUUUUAAAUUAGUCACGGGGGUUCUGCAGAGGGGUUUUCAAUAAAGAAUGCUUCACCCAAUAAA